GGACAGAACGCAGCUGCAGGGGGCCUCCAUCCCCUCUCUUCCAGGUUCAUGUGGGCAAACUGACAAACUGGAAGCUCAUGUGGAAUGAUGAUUUCUGGCAGAAUCCGUGGGACCAGGGGGGCCUGGCAGUGAUCACCUUAUUCAUCACUGUGAUCCUGUUUCUCAUCGUGUUUGCCAUUGUGUUUGGUUUGUUCCCUCCACUGGGGAAGGUCAGCCGCUGUGAAGAGUCAUGACCUGACUUUCUGGGGGCCAAGAAGGGCCCCACCUGUCAACUCUCAAAACACCAUGGACCUUUUCUUCAAAGCCCUUUUAAGAGUCUGCAAAUUAUACAUACAUGUUAGUGUAAUUAACUAAUUAACAAAUGUGAUUAUCUGAUAAGUGCCUGUCUUCCCCGCUGAACCCACUCUCUGCUCACCACUGUAACCCCAUACCCAACGUGCCGGGCGUGCAGUCCAUUUCAAACAAUAUUUGCUGGAUGAAUAAAUGAAUGAACGAAUAAAUGA